AUGACGCGCGCCCAGCAGACCCUCUCCGUCCUCCUCCUCGUUUCCUCCCUCUAUCUCUCCCUGUACCUCGGACUCGUCCCGAUUAACGAGACCUUUCAGCGCGAAGUCAUCCCAGUCCUCCCCUUUUAUGCUCUCAUAUCCUUUGGGUGCUAUUUACUUGGCCGCCUGGGCGUUGCGAUCCUGACCUUCAACGACGUUCCCGAGGCGCACAAGGAGUUGCAAGGGGAGAUUGAGCAGGCCAGAGCUGAGCUGCGCAAGAAGAAUGUAGAUGUCGAUUAA